AUGGUCACCAAGAGCAGACUGCGGAUGGCGAUAGCCGCCGAAAAGGGAGUCGACUUUAAGAAGUUGAAGCAAGCGAAAAAAGAAAAGGCGGCGCUCAAGCGCAAGAGGUCGGGUGCCGGAGCGUCGCAAAAGACCGCCGCCGACGACCAAGACCUGAAAGCGCAAGGAGCAAAGAAGGAGGAACAAGGCGAAUGGGCGGACGAAGACGAAGAGGAAGAUGAAGAGGAGGAAAGCGAGGAGGGAGAGGAUCUGAACCUCGACGCCGUUGACGACAGCGACACAUCUGAAUCGUCCAUUGAACUCGAAGAGAAGCUCGCUCGAAAACCGCUCAAAUCCGGACAGAGGCUAGCGGCAGACGAGCAAGCCAGGGAAGAAGACGCAGAGGAUGACGAGGAAGACGACGAGGACAUUCCUGUCUCGGACCUCGAAGACCUCGACGAGGAAGACAAAGAAGACCUCAUCCCUCACACCCGCCUCACCAUCAACAACGCGGCUGCCCUCCAGGCCGCCCUCGACCGCAUAUCCAUCCCUGCAGACAAAUCCACACCCUUUGCGUCUCACCAGUCUGUCGUCGCUUCCGUCGCCACCGCUGACUCGAUUCCCGACGUGUCGGACGACCUGCAGCGCGAACUUGCCUUUUACUCCCAGUGCCUCGAGGCCGCGCGCCAUGGCCGCGACAAGCUGCUCGCCGAGGGCAUCCCCUUCUCGCGGCCCAAGGACUACUUUGCCGAGAUGGUCAAGGAGGAUGCCCACAUGGAAAAGGUCAAGGCCAAGCUGGUCGAGGAGGCGUCGGCUAAGAAAGCCGCCGCCGAGGCCCGCAAGCUGCGCGACCUGAAGAAGUUUGGCAAGCAGGUGCAGGUGGCGAAGCUGCAGGAGCGGCAUAAGGCCAAGCGCGAGACGCUCGACAAGAUCAAGACGCUCAAGAGAAAGCGCCAAGAAUCCGGCGCCGAUCCCAGCACCAACGAGGCCGACAUGUUCGACGUCGGCGUCGACCACGAAAUCGCCAAGCACUCCCAGCGCGGUCCCAAGGGCACCCCGGCCGGCUCGAAACGCCUCAAGAAGAACGAAAAGUACGGCUUCGGCGGCAAGAAGCGCCACGCCAAGUCGGGGGACGCUGUCAGCUCCGGCGACCUCUCGGGCUUCGACGCCAAGCGCAUGAAGGCCGCCGGCGCAAAGGGACGGGGGGGCAAGGGCGGCAAGGCGGCGGCGGCGCGGCCAGGCAAGGCCCGGCGCAAGGCCAUGGGCGCGAAGUGA